AUGGCGAGUUCUGACGAUGAAGAAGAUUUGGAUAGUUUUCGUACGGAAAAACAUGUUUUUUUAAGAUUAUGUGAUAUGUUGAAAGAAAAGGACUUACUUCGUCAUAGUAAUGGAGUUCGUGUUGAAGAAAAAGUAGCAAUUUUUAUGCUUGUUGUUGGACAUAAUGAACGUAACAGGAUACUUCAAGAGCGUUUUCAGCAUUCAGGCGAGACAAUUAGUAGACAUUUCAAUGCAGUCUUGGAUGCUAUUGUUGCUCUCGCGGAUGAUUUUCUUCUACCAGCAGGGGCUGAUACCCCCAGUGAAAUCUUAGAAAAUCCAAGAUUUUAUCCGUACUUCAAGGAUUGUGUAGGAGCCAUUUAUGGAACACAUAUACCAUCAAUGUACGUUCUAGCGGGUUGGAAAGGUUCGGCUGCUGAUUCACGCAUAUUAGAUUCAGCUCUAACAAGAUCUGAUAGAUUAAUUGUACCCGAAGGAAAAUUUUACCUCGCUGAUGCAGGAUUCGCUAAUAUGCCACAAUUUAUUACUCCAUAUCGUGGUGUCCGUUAUCACUCGAAGGAAUUUGGUGGAAAUCGUCCAAAAGAUGCAAAAGAAUUAUUCAAUCUUCGACACGCGUCGUUACGAAAUGCAAUUGAACGUGUCAUCGGGGUACUAAAAAGACGCUUCACCAUUUUGCAACUUCAGCCACAAUAUCCAUUUGAAUCACAAGUGAAAAUUGUACUUGCAUGUUGCAUCCUUCAUAACCACAUCCGCAGAGAGUGCAUCAAUGACUUGAUUUUUGAUGAUGGGAACUUAAAAAGCAUAUCAGAAACUGAUCCAAGAACGCAACUAGACAAUGAAUGCCCUACACUGGGCAGGAAUAGACAACGAUAA